AUGGUUGUGCAGAGCUCUGCGGGAUCUUUUUACAACGAUGAUGAUAAUACAGUAUAUUGUGAAAGUGGAGGCUUAGCUGUUGGAACCCUUCUUCUUAUUGAGGAAGAUAAAUAUGGCGUUUACUCCAGUCUGCUGUUGAAAUAUUUUCUCGCAGAGGGAGUUGUCUGUGGACAUGACUUGUUUGUUGCUUCUGCUCAGGACCCUCCAGCCAACAUCUUAAAGGAACUUCCAGCCCCUUUGCUUGAUGAUAACUUCAUAACUGAACGAGUAGAAGCGACAGCUGCCAAGUCUGAAGAUUGUCAGGACUCUAUGCAAAUAGCCUGGCGCUACCAAAAUGCACCAAAAGUGGAGACCAGCCCAACAACAUCUAUAAAGUUUGGACAUUAUUAUGAUGUUUCUCAAAAAAUGUCUCCAGAACUGCUUCAAUCCAUAAAAUGGCACAGUUUUUUCCUUCCUGAUGAAAUGCCUUUAGAGCCUAAACUAAAAAUGUGUAAUAUGAACUGUGGUUAUGCAAGGCUGCUUCAGUCCAUUCAGAGUGUCAUUUACCAGGAGGGAUUUGAUGGCUCUCAUCCCCAGAAAAAACAAAAGAAUAUUUUACGGAUAGGAAUUCAGAGCCUUGGUUCCCUGUUGUGGGAUGAUGACAUUUGUAGCACCAAUACUCCUGAAGAUAUUCAUAGCAUUACAAAAUUUCUGUAUGUUCUACGUGGCCUCCUCCGAAAAUCUUUAUCAGCUUGCAUCAUCACAAUGCCCUCUCACCUUAUUGAGAAUAAAGCAAUUAUGGAACGUGUAACAAACUUGUCAGAUGUGGUAGUUGGUCUUGAAUCAUUUAUUGGCUCUGAGAGAGAAACCAAUCCAUUAUACAAGGAUUACCACGGUUUGCUUCAUGUGCAUCAGAUUCCUCGGCUUAAUAGCUUGAUCUGUGAUGUGUCAGACACGAAGGACCUUGCUUUUAGAUUAAAAAGGAAGCAGUUCACCGUUGAGUGGAGAUGUCUUCACCUCACAGGCUUUGCGUAUGAUGUGCUGUACCUUUCUCAAGUACGCUUCCAAAGUGCAGACCUCUAUGGGAAUCCUAUGCCUCCGUUGCCAUGUUGUUCUUUGCGCCUGCACUUGCCUCCAGACUUGUCAGACACAGUGAGCCGCUCAAGCAAACAGGAUCUGGCAGAAUCCGCCAAACUGCUGAGCUCAGGAUGUGGUGCUAUGGCCAUCGGCAAGAAGCACCUGGACUUCUAGUGAUUUCUACUUAGCAGUUCCACUCAGAUUUGUAUGACACUCUAAUUAUGAGUGUUAAUGACUUAUAUAAAUAUUUUUCUUAAUGAUUUGACCCAGCAGUCUUUAAAAAUACACAUUAUCAUAUGGUGCCUUUUUUCUUUUUUUUUUUUUUUUGUCCUGGUUUCUUUGUGCUAAUUUGGGGCUUGAUUGGAUUUUGCUUUUGGUUAAAGCUUGUGUUAUGUUGGUUCCUGCCAUUGUUCUGCCCUACUGGAAAUGUACAGUGUUUUUAUCCUUUCCUUCCAAUAUGAAAACGAAUAUUGCUCCUCCAUUUCUGUUUUUUUAACAAUAAAAAUAAAGGAUUUUUCUCACGAUGGAA